AUGUCCGACUCACCGAUGCCUGAGGCACAACCUUCGAAUACCUUAAGUCCGUUCUCUGAACGUGGAGAUGCGAGCGCGCCACUGGCGCAGCAUUCAACACCUGGUUCUGAUGAAACUACCACCACGAACCCGGUCGAUGAUCAACAACAUUUGCUUGUUCAAAGAGAAGAAAACGCUCAGCGUCAUGCACAAAUGGGUGCAAACCUUGAGCGCCAGCGUGACUAUGUGUUCACUCCACCCAGUGUGGAGGAACGUCUACGUCAAGCGGCCGGCCAAAAAUUGGCGACCUGGGUCAUUGGUCAUGGUCCUAAGACUCUUUAG